GUGUGUGUGUGUGUGUGUGUGUGCGUGGGUGGUGUUAUUUUUUACGUGUCUGUCUAGUCCGCAGAUCGCUAUUUGAGUCAGUUUUCAGACAUUCUGACUCAAUUGCAAAUGAUCUCCACACAACAGCAGGCAAUCAUCACCCGAGUGACAGCUGUGGAAGAGAAAGUGAACGGCAUGGAUGCAUUGAGGGAGAGAGUUUCUACCGUCGUCACUAACCUCAGUUCACUCAGCUCCAACGUGGAUACACGCUUGGCUGCAGUGGACUCACGCAUUGCCGCAGUGGAUUCACGCUUUGCUGCCCUGGAGUCACGUGCCUCCAGACAGUUGUCACCUUCACCAUCAACAGCAUCAUCAGCAGCGGCAGCAGUAGUAGCUGCAUCUCCACCACAGAAGCGUGAUUACACACAGAUCCACAAAUCGAGAUACUCGUUUGGUAGUUGGGGCAGUGGGAGAGAUCAGUUUAACUCUCCUAGGGCACUAGCAACCAACAAAGCUGGUGACCUGAUCAUCUGUGACUCCUUCAACAACAGAAUAAAGAUACACGGUGUUGAUGGCCAGUUCAAGCAGACGAUUGGUCAGAGGGGUACAAACUGUGGACAGUUCAACUGGCCAGCAGCCGUGCAUGUAACAGAUGAUGAACGAGUGAUCAUUGCUGAUACUGACAACCACCGACUACAGAUCACUGACAAAGAUUUCUCCGAGUUCAGCACCAUAGGAAAGUGUGGAUCAGAAAUUGGCGAGUUCGACUACCCAUUAGGUGUUGUCCAAGUGAACCACAGCGUACUGGGCCAGUGCCUUGCAGUGACUGAUACAGCGAACCAUCGGGUUCAGAUUGUGCCAUGCAGUGGUGAGACAGGAUAUGCGUUUGGAACAGCAGGUAGUGGUCAAGGCCAAUUUCAAUUGCCAAGAGGCAUCACAGUGUACCACAACAGGUUGUUUAUUGCUGAUAGUAACAACCAUCGCAUCCAGGUAUGUUAUCAUGUCAAUCUGGCAACAACGUCAACAAUGAUGCGGAAUACAACAACAACAACAACAACAACAAUAACAACAACAACAACAACAACAACAACAACAACAACAACAACAACAACAACAACAACAACAACAACAACAACAACAACAACAACAACAACAACAACAACAACAACAACAAGUUACAACAAAACUACUACUACUAAAACUACUACAACAGCAGCAGCAGCAGCAGAAAUGGAAGCAGUAGCAAGUUCAGCUUUAUAUCGUUGUGCCAGGUAUUUAUAG